AUGUUGAAGGCUUUUGGUGAAGGGAGCCGUAUGCUCAGCAGCCGAACACUUGCGGUAAAUCCGGCCAGAACCAUCUAUUUGCAUAGUGGCAAGAGAGUACAAGGUCUUAAGAAGAACCCGGAAGAUGUAUUCAAGACCCAUAAUGGUGCCGUAUACGGACCAAGUCAUGAGAAUUUACAGUAUGUCAAGGCUUUCUUGCAGGACAAGUACUCGAUCUCCGACGACCUUGCCCUUCAAGUUUUGACUCAUAAGUCCUUUGGUAAUGGGAUCAAACCAUACAAUGAAAAAUUAGCUGCAUUGGGUAGUAAGUUGGUGAGUUUAUUUUUCCUCAAGUAUGCCACCAACCAACCCACCACCAAUGAAACCGCUAUAAACGGUAAGAAUAUGGAUUGUAUUGGCAUGCCUUUGACCAAGAGUUUGUCCGAAAGAGCCCCCAUGGCAUUCCUUGCUCAACAAAAUAAUCUCAACAAGGUGAUGUUUUGGAAGUCUUAUAAUCAUGACUUGAGUUUCGGCCGUAGUGGUGAACUCAAGGUUAGUGCUCAAAUGGUGUAUGCAUUGGUUGGAGCAGUUGCAUUUUCUCACGGUAAGGUAGUUGCUGAACAAUUUAUCCAAGAUAGAUUUGUCAAUGCCACCCCAUCAUUGGAUGGAAUUGCCAGUAAACUUCUCGAAGAAAACAUUAGAAGUGAUAAGAUAUAA